AUGGCAAUGAAAUCACCUUAUUCUAAUCAACAAGCACAAGUACAAGCACAACAGAAACAACAACAACAACAAACACAAGAACAACAACACGUUUUCAAUGCAAGAUUGACUAGAGGUAGACCUUUCUAUGGUUAUUAUCCGCAAGAUAAAAUAUUUAUAAAGAUAUUCUUAUAUAAUCCAGAUAAUUUAAAUAGAAUAGCUAAUCUUUUAAGAAAUGGAUCGAUUAUGGGUGUAAAGUUUGAUGUUUACGAAGCACAUAUUCCAUUUAUGUUACAGGUGUUCUUGGAUUACAAUCUAGCAGGAAUGUCAUUCAUUGAUUUCACAAAGAUUCUAUUCAGAGGACCACUUCCAUCUGCCAAGAGAAUGUGGGGAUCCUAUGAACAUGAUCGUUCUCAAAAUUCAGCACCGGAUCAUAAGAAUAUUGAAUUUAGAAAAUGGUUCAGUGAAUAUUGUGGUAGUGAUUUCAAGUAUUGGUCACCUAUACAAUCGAGAAAGACAACCUGUGAGUUGGAGGUGGACGGUGAUAUCUUUGAUACCACCAAUAUCAAUUAUAAUAACUAUACUCCAAUUGUACAGUCGGAUGUAGAGCAAAAGUUGGUACAGUCACUCAACUCUAUUUGGAACGAUGAGAUCGAGCGACGUAGAAACAACGGUAUGCCAACGCAAUUCACUCAGGUACAGAGUCAACCUCGUCGUCCUUUUCAAAUGGGUUACUUUGUACAGCCACUUGCUCACAAAAAGAUUGAAUCAAUCAUUGAAAAAGAGAAUCAAAUUAUAAAGAAUCAUUUAGAUAAAUUAGAUAACAAUAAUAAUAAUAAUAACAAUAAUCAACAACAACAACAACAAUCAAUAUUGAUAAAUUCACAACCUUCAAUUAAUAUGAAUCAAUCUUUGAUAGAUAAACAAUUGUUAUCACAACAAUAUUUUCAAGCGAUUCCACCCUCGAAUUCAACGAAUAUCUCUAUUGAAUCGGAACCAUCGAUGAAAGAUGACAUCAACUUGGAUAUCAAUAUUAGAUUCGAACAGCUAGAGUAUGAGAGAGAGCAACAGCAAUUGAAAGAGCAACAGCAAUUGUUGGAUGAAUUCGAAUUUGAUAUCUCUGGAACAACUGCAACAACAACAACAACUAUAGCAACAUCUUUACCAGCACAACAAACAACAGUAGCAGCACCAAAUAAAACUACAACUAAAGAUCAAUUGAUUAAAUAUAAUCGAGAUAGUAAUAAUGAAGAAGAUGAUGACGACAGUGAUCAAGAUAACGAUCAAAUCAAAUCACAAAGAGAGAUAAAAGACAUAUUGGCAUCGUCACAACCACCACCAUCACAACAUAUCUUUUCUCAAACUGAGUAUUGUUGGUCAGAUGUCGAGGAUGAAGUUGAAGAAAAAGAUAAUAGUCAAAGUUCAUUAGGAAAGAGAAAGCUCUCAGUCAAUAGUAAUAACAACAACGAUGAGGAGCCGCAUAUUGAAGAAUUGGAUGAUUCUAUUCCACAGUUUGAUGGUGGAACCGAUCCUAAAAAGAAAAACAAACAAAUCAAUAAUAAUAGUAAUAGUAAUAAUAAUGUUAAUCAACAACAAGAAUCAACACUUUUAUCAAAGUAUAGAAACAGUUUUCAUUCUAUGUAUGAUGAUAUUGAUGACCCUAUUAUUACAUCACAACAGAAUAGUCGUAAAUCAACUGCAACAACCUCUUCCUCUAAAUACAAAUUGAAAACAACUCAAGCUUUAGUUUUCAACAAAGAUAGCAAUAGCAAUAGUAAUAAUAAUAAUAAUAAUAAUAACAAUGGAUUUAAAUCAACUUCAUUGUUAAAGGUUAAUAGUAAUAAUCCAAUUGAUAUCGAGUAUGAAGAUAGUUCCUCUUCUCCUGUUUCUAAAGCGCAAGCCAAUGAAAUCACCCUGGUUCCUUCAACAUUUCCUUAUCUAGAUGAACAGCAAAAAGAGAGUAGCCAACAACAACAACAAUAUCAACUCCAAGCAACACCACCAAAACCACUUAAAUCAUGUUUCAAGAAAACCAACAAACAUUUUAUUAGCAAUCCAGUCAAUCUUACUCCACCAAAGAAGACAGUUCGAUUCUUUAUACCAUCACCAGAGUUUGUACCGGAAACACAAUUCGAUGAACCACCAGCUACCCACAAUACACCCAUGUACAUAACAGAGACACCAACGGGCACCACUACCACCAAGGUAUCACCUCCGAUCGUUAGUCCAAUUGCAUUCUCAUCUUCCUUUUUCGAACCUUCGUUAUCGUCGAUUCCCACCAAUCAACAGGAAUCACAAAUUUUACAAUCCAAUCAAAUGAUUGAAGUUUCGCCAACUAGUACCAACAACAACAACAACAAUACUAGUAUUCUUUUCAAAAUUGAAUCAUCUUCAUCGUCAUCUAUCACACCUCCACGUCAAUCACCACAAGUUGUUACUAACAACAACAACAACAACAACAGUCCAAAUACAUCACCUCAUACUCCACCACCACCAAUUGUACAAAAAGAUUCACCAACACCGCCUCCACCUCUAAAGUUUUCAGAUUCACCAAUUAAGCCUGCUUAUAUACCACCAAAACAAGCGGUUUCCACACCACUACCGACACCUCCAACUCCAGAGACACCACCUUCUACACCACCACCUCCCCCACCGAUCUCUCCAGAUGAACAAGUUAAAUUAAAUAGAGUUUAUACCGAUAUUGUACCAUUGGUCCAAUCACCACUCUCACCUCCACCACCAUUUUAUGAACCAGAGAUAAGGCAGGCGACACCCAUCAACAGUAAAUCACCAACGGACAACGAGCCAUCCCAAACGUUCUCAGACCUUUCAUCAAUUUCAAUAAGAAUGGAUGACAGCAAUCAGAGUAAUUAUGAUUUCACUGUAAUGGAACUUGAUUCACCUGCUGAAGUCGAUCAAUUUGAAUAUGAGGAAAUGGUAACAGAUCAACAAUCACAAGAACAAGAAGAGAAAAUAGGUAUUCUCCAAAAAGAAAAAGAAGAGGAUGUUAAAGAGGAAGAAGAAGAAGAUGGUGAUGAAAUGUUUAUGAUGGAUGGUAGUCCAAUGAUUUUCAUUCGAGAUAACAGUGAUAGUGAACAUGUUAAUGAUAAUCACACCGCCACUACCACCACCACCAACAACAACAACAACAACAACAACAACAACAACAAUAACAAUAACAAUAACAAUAAUCUCGAAUUGAAUAAUGAAUCAUUUUGCUAUUCAUUCCCAGAUAAUGGACCUGAUUAUGAUGAUCUUCAUAAUCAAAACAAUAAUAAUAAUAGUAACAACAAUAAUAUUAUUAAUAAUAAUUUGGUUGUGGAGACCUUGGUUCAGAAAAAUGAUAAUAAUAAUAAUAACCAAAAAGAAGAUAUAAUGAAAGAUUUUCCAACAACCAGAUAUAUUCAGCAUUAUGAUGACAGUAUGAAUGUGUUUAGACCUUUACAUCCACCUCCAACCAAUCAGGAAAUCAUAGAGGAGAUUCAUAACUCUAUGAAUCCUAUUACAGUCUACAAAGAUCUUUACUAUUCCAAUCAAGACGACUCUGAAAGGAAAAAGGUCUUUGAGACACCUGUGUUCAAGUCUGGUAUCGGUGAUCUUAAGGGUAUCAGUUAUUGGAAGAGACUGGAUGUUCAAUCACAGCUCAAACCAACAUUGCGUAUAUUCACACCAUCGAUUCCACCUCCUUCACCCAAAUCGUUAUUGGAGUCAUACAAACGAACCAAGAAUAUAGACAAUUCCAACGAUUUGGCAGGUGCACAUCCAACAAGCAGUAAUAAUGAACAGCGACAACAACAACAAAAGAACAAACAACCUUUGGAUUAUUCACAGUUGUCACAAUCAACACCAACCUUUAGUUAUUUGUCCAAGUUGAAUCCACAUUCACAGAAUGCACAAAAGGAGUUGAGUAACAAUCUGAACCAAUUCCUUACACUUCUUAGUGUAGAGCUACACAUCAACACAAGAGGCGAUUUGAAUCCAGAUCCGGAGAUCGAUGGUAUCAAAGCGAUUAUCUAUUGUUGCAGAGAUGAAGGUGCUAUAGAAUCUCAAACCGAGAACUACAAGGAUCUCUUUGGUAUUCUAAUGAUUGAUCCAGCCAAACAACCGGAUCAGAUCAACAAUAAUAGAUUUGGACUGGAGUGCACCGUAAAUUGCUAUACCAAUGAGUAUCAGUUGUUAAAGGCAUUCUGUGAACUGGUGCGUAGUUUUGACGUUGAUAUUUUCGUUGGAUAUGAAAUUCAGAUGCUUUCACUUGGCUACAUGAUAGAGCGCGCCAGACAUCUCGAGUUGGAUCGGUUCGGAUAUGACCAUUCUUCUGGUAUUCAAAUCAUCGGUCGUAUUGUCAUAAAUAUUUGGCGUUUACUCAGACAUGAAAUAACUAUCGAUAUUUAUACCUAUCAGAAUAUUUGUUUCCAUCGACUUAAACGAAGAAUUCCUGAAUACUCCCCGAAAACACUGACCGAUUGGUACAAUAGUGGCUGUCAAACUUGGAGAACACUGUCAUUCUAUCUCGAGCAUUGCAAGGGUAAUUUUGAUCUCCUCUACAGUUUCGAUAUCAUUGGUAGAACCAGUGAAUUGGCCAGAGUCUAUGGUAUCGAUUUCUUUAGUGUUUUGUCAAGAGGUUCACAGUUUCGAGUGGAAUCAAUGCUGCUGCGUUUGACAAAGCCUGAAAACUAUAUAAUGUACUCACCUUCGAGAGACCAGACAACGAAUCAACCUAUGCCAGAAAGUAUUCCGCUGGUAAUGGAUCCAAUUUCCAAGAUGUUCAAUUCACCAGUUGUAGUUCUCGAUUUCCAAUCACUGUACCCAUCGAUCAUGAUUGCCUAUAACUAUUGCUAUUCCACAUGUCUUGGAAGAGUGAUUCCAACCGAUCCAGUCAGUCAUGACAAGAAUCUUGGCUCUGGUAAAAUCAAUAUUAAACCAGGAUUACUUCGAUUACUUGGCGACAAUGUAUCAGUGUCUCCUAAUGAGGUUAUGUAUACAAAUACACAAACUAGAAAGGGACUGUUCCCAAAGCUGCUUACCGAGGUACUGGAGACCAGAAUCAUGAUCAAGAAAGCAAUGAAAAAGUAUAGAGACAACAAGAAGAUCUAUAACAUGUUGGAUGCUCGGCAACUGGCAUUGAAAAUGAUGGCCAAUGUAUCGUUUGGAUAUACUGCGGCCACCUUUUCUGGUAGAAUGUCAUGUAUUGAAAUUGCCGAUAGUAUCGUCCAGACUGCGAGAGAAACACUGGAGGCUGCAAUCAGGAUAGCAGAGACCUCCAAAGAGUGGCGUGCCAAAGUGAUCUAUGGAGAUACUGACAGUCUUUUUGUGCUGCUACCGGGUGUUUCCAGGGAGGAAGCUUUCGUUAUUGGCCAAAAGAUUGCAGAUAAAGUGACAUCAAUGAAUCCAAAGCCAGUCAAGCUAAUCUUUGAAAAGGUUUACCAUCCCACUCUACUGGCAAACAAGAAGCGUUAUGUUGGCUACAAAUAUGAGAGUCCGACACAGACCGAGCCAAUAUUCGAUGCCAAGGGCAUAGAGACUGUCAGAAGAGAUCAAUGCAAGUUGGUAUCGAAAAUCAUGGAGAAAUCUAUUCGUACUCUCUUUGAGAAGAAAGAUCUCUCGUUGGUCAAAUCAUACAUGACGCGGCAGUGGCAAAAGAUAUUCCAAGAGCGAGUAUCUCUGAAAGAUUUCAUCUUCGCCAAAGCGGUGAAGCUAGGAAACUACUCUACGAAUGGUCCACUUCCGGCAGCUGCUCAACUUGCCCAGAGAAUCAUGGAGAAAGAUCCAAGAGGUGAGCCGCGAUACGGUGAGAGAGUCAGGUUUGUUGUGGUCUAUGGAACACCGAAUUCAAGGCUGUGCGACCUCGUUGUCACACCACACGAGUACAUGACCAACAAGACACUGAGAAUCAAUAUAUUCUACUACAUUACCAAACAGAUUCUACCGGCAAUGGAUAGAAUUUUAAAACUGGUUGGAAUCAACAUACACAAGUGGUUCGCUGCCUUCCCAAAGCAAUAUGUGACCACUCCCAAUCAGCGUAUCAAUCUGUUCUUCAAUAACAAUCAUCAUCUUGGUCAAGAACAACAACGAUUGAUCGCUCAACAGCAACAACAUAAAAAUCCAGAGCAACAACGUCAACAAUAUACAAUCGAUCAAUUCUAUUACAGUAGAAAUUGCUUUAAAAAUGUAUUAUGUAUGUCUAUUUUAAUCAAUUAA